AUGUCAAAUACUAUAAGAGCAGAAAAUUUGAAAGCCAAAGAUUGUUACUUAUCUGAAGAUAUAUAUGCUAGUUUAGAAGACUUAGCUACAAAUGGAAAACUUACUUUUGAGAAAAUACCAUCGGUAAAAACUAUAAAAGGUUGGAUAGGAAGAUACAGCACAAAUUUCAAAAAGGAAGUAUCGGAAAAAGCACUGUUAAAGAAUAGUAAUAAUUAUAAUAUAAUGUUUGGGAGAACUAGCAAUAAACGUCAAGAAUAUAGGUAG